CUUUCUUCUUCUUCUUCCUUUCUAUUCUCAUGAUCCGUUAAUUCAUUUAUCGUAAUCAUUAGAUAAUGCUAUUUCUGAGCUUUACUAACUUCACAAGUACUCGAUAGCUACUUCUCUCGUACUCUAUAAGUUUAGGAGUUGAUUAUGGUCGUGGAGAUUAUGUAAAGACAGUCAUUACAAAAAAAAAAAAGCUGUCUUUUUUUUAUUAAGGUCAGUUUUUUUACCUGUGGUAGCUGCAGUAGACGAAAGACUCUUCCGUAGCUAAGUAACUCUCAAAUGGAUGAUGGUGGGCAUCGUGACAAUGGUCGGCACAAAGCACCUCAGGGCCAGUGGAUGAUGCAGCAGCAGCAGCAGCAGCAGCAACCAUCGAUGAAACAAGUGAUGUCGAUAAUAGCAGAGCGCGACGCAGCGAUCCAGGAGAGGAACCUAGCUAUAUCAGAGAGAAAAUCAGCUGUAGCUGAGCGAGACAUGGCGUUUCUCCAGCGAGACACUGCCAUCGCUGAGCGAAACAACGCGAUCAUGGAGAGAGACAGUGCUCUCACAGCUCUACAAUACCGUGACAACUCAAUGGCUACUUCACGCCAGCACCAACCGCACAUGCAUCAUCAACAUCAACAUCAACAUCACAUGCUUCAGUUAACUGAAAAUGCGUAUGAGACCAGAGAAACAGAGACAUCACCACCUACUACUGGAUCCGCCUUGGAAUCUGCCAAACCAAAACGCGGUAGAAAACUGAAAGAUCCAAAGGCAGCAGCUGCUAAUAAGAGAGGGCCAAAGACUCAGAGGAAGGUUAAGAAAGAGAACGAAGACGACUUAAGCAAGAUAAUGUUUGUGAAGACAACAACCCUUGACUACAGCGAAGAAGAAGAAGAAGCAACAGGAUCUAAAUCGGAUUGGAAAAGUCGAGAAAUGGUGGUGGGGCUUAACCAGGUUGUGUACGACGAGACAACAAUGCCCCCACCUGUCUGUUCAUGCACAGGAGUUCUCAGACAAUGCUACAAAUGGGGAAACGGAGGUUGGCAGUCAUCGUGUUGCACUACCACACUGUCUAUGCAUCCGUUACCAGCACUGCCUAACAAAAAACAUGCCAGAGUUGGUGGAAGGAAAAUGAGUGGAAGCGCCUUCAACAAGUAUCUAAGCAGGCUUGCUGCGGAAGGGCACCAUGAUCUCUCAAGCCAUGUUGAUCUUAAGGACCAUUGGGCAAAGCACGGUACAAACCGUUAUAUUACGAUCAAAUGAUGUGUGUAUUUAGGUGUCAGUUGUUCUUAUGACAUUACCUCUGAUCUUAAGUUAUAUGUAACUAACUCAAGAGGAAAAUUGGUGGCAACAACCAGAAUGUAAUAUUAUUUAAUCGUGGAAA